ACAUUGUAACAUAACCUUAAAAAAAUUAAAAACCCGUUUACAAUGUGAUUGCACGUGUUUUUUUUUAAAUUGUAUAUAUAUAUAAAAAGAAAAUAGUAUUUUUUAAAUUUAAUAAUUAUGUUUGUUCUUACCGAGUUCAAAGAUACUGUUAAAAUUAAACCAUGGAAUUUCCAAAAAAAAUUAAAUGAUACUGUCACUGAUGAAUUAAAUAGAAAACUUGCUAAUAAGGUUUAUCCAAAUGUGGGUCUUUGUAUUGCUUUACACGAUAUUGAAAAAAUUGAGGAAUCCUACGUUUUUCCAGGAGAUGGUUCUUCUCACACAACUGUCUCCUUUCGUUUUAUAGUUUUUCGGCCAUUUAUGGAGGAAAUAUUAAUUGGCAAAAUUCGAAAUUGCAGUAUAGAGGGAGUACAUGUAACUUUGGGAUUCUUCGAAGAUAUUAUUAUUCCACCAAAUAAAUUGCAGCAUCCAUCACGAUUUGACGAAACUGAACGCGUCUGGGUUUGGGAAUAUGAAGUUGAGGGAGGUGACAAACACGAUCUAUUUAUGGAUGAACAUGAAAUUAUACGAUUUAGAGUUUUCAAUGAAAUAUUUAACGAAACAUCACCAUCUCUUGCUAAUAGACAAGUAGCAAGUGGUACAGAAAAAUCAGAGACGAAAAACAUUUCACCUUAUACUUUAAUGGGAGCAAUCGAUGAACCGGGACUAGGCUGUCUCACCUGGUGGGAAAAUACUUGAUCAGUGAACGUUGAUUGUUCAACAAAUAAGGCUUGUAUUAAAAAUCAAUGUAUCGAUGCUUGUAAAAAAGCUUGUGCAACCAAUGCACACUGUAUAGUAAAAAAUCACAUACCUGUUUGUACCUGUCCUUCAGGUUAUUAUGGAGAUCCUUUUUUGAGUUGUAAAAAAAAUUAAGAACUGAAAAAUAGUUUCAAAGAAAUUAAUUUCUGAAAUAAAUACAAAAUAAAACUG